AUGGAAUGCUAUAACAUGUUCUCCCCCUCCACUUCGAGAAGUGUCAACUUGCGCAAAAGAAGGCGAAGUGGUGGAUUGUCAGGCAACGACGAAGUGUUCGGAGUAGUGAAUGUCGUUCCUUCCAGUAUGGAGGUGAUUCGAAUUUUAUUCUUAGACAAUGCUUUUUAG